UUCCUUUGCAAUGAAUAACCAAAAAUCGGAUGAAAGUCUGGCUUUGCGCCCCCAUCUCCUCAGUCUGCGUUGCCCUGAACGUUUUGUGAAAACGAGGAAAAGAUGAAAGCCUUUAUGAUUCUGUUUUCUAUCAUCCAUAUGAACCAUUGUAUUGACCUGAAAGGACUCUAUGGGGAUUUUGCUUCUCCUGGGUUCCCAAACCCAUACCCAAAUAACAUCAAACGCAUAUGGAAUAUUUUAGUUUCACCUGGCCAUAGGAUCCGGCUGUACUUCACCCAUUUUGAUUUGGAGCCCUCCCAUUUGUGUGAAUACGACUAUGUCCAGAUUCUUUCAGGAACUAAUGAGACCGCCAGGUUCUGUGGCCAAAGUGGCAUCGAUAUUGAAGAUGUCCCCGGAAAUGAGCCGCUCUACUCUGCAACCAACAGCAUGACCGUUGUGUUUAGAUCUGACUAUUCCAAUGAGAAGCGAUUCACUGGAUUUAGAGCAUUUUAUGCAGCUGAAGAUAUCAACGAGUGUCAAAUGAUGGUUGAUGGUGAGCCUAUAUGUGAUCACAAUUGCCAUAAUUACGUGGGUGGUUAUUACUGCUCUUGUAAAAUGGGAUACUUUCUUCAUUCUGACAAAAGAACUUGUACUGUCAACUGCAGUACUCAGCUGUUUACUGAACGCUCAGGAGAGCUAAUGAGCCCAGAAUUCCCAGCACCGUACCCUAAAUUGUCAACUUGUGAGUACCGUAUACGAGUGGAGGAGGGCUUCACUAUUCUCCUGGAGUUUGUGGAAUCUUUUGAUGUAGAAACGCAUCCAGAGGUCAGAUGUCCCUAUGAUAUUCUCAUGAUUAAAACACAAAAACAGGAUCAUGGACCUUUCUGUGGAGCAACCCUGCCAGCCAAAAUAAACACCAACAGCUAUGAAGUGGACACCACAUUUAAAACAGAUGGGUCAGGAUCAAACACGGGGUGGAAAAUUAAAUACACCACCACAGCUAUGCCUUGUCCAGAUCCAGUAACACCUGCUCAUGGACGCCUCUCACCCAAGCAAGCAAAAUAUAUCUUUAAAGAUCGCUUUGUACUGACCUGUGAUCGUGGCUAUGAGCUCCUCUGGGGAAACCAAGAGAUCCCAUCUUUUGAAGCUGUUUGUCAGAAAAAUGGCAUUUGGGACAAACCAAUGCCAAAGUGUAGCUGUGAGUAACUCUUUAAUGCUUCU